AACAUCUUAGCCAACCCUCUCUCUCUCUCUCUCUCUCUCAUAAUCUCAUUCACUUUGAGUUUGACCCGUCGCCAGCCACCGGCACCUUUUUUUUCCUACUCCAAUGGCGACCCCACCCUGCACUGCACCAUCUCUCUAGAGAGGAUCUUUCCAAGGCUUGAGAAUUGAGCCCCUCUUUGUCUGAAGAGCAGAAAGCUUAAAUAAUCUUGCUUUCCUCUUUCAUUUCCCUUUUGCUUCCCUGAAACCCUAGCUAUAGCACCUCUCUCUCUCUCAAAAUAAAGGGAAAAGAAGCACAAAAAAGAAAGUAUUUUCUCAUCAGAACCCAAGAAGAAAAACAAGAGGAAAAGAGAGCCUCUUCACUUCUCUCUCUCUUUCUGCUGCUAUACAUCUCAUCUAUUCAGGCUUUCACAUACAUAUAGUCAUCAUAUUAUUAAGAUCUGUGGUUAGCCAUAUUAUUCUCUCUUCUUUUAAUAGAAACUUUGGCUCUCCAAGUGAAAGACAAGGAAAAGAUUUUGCUUCCAUUUCAGAUCUCAGGGCUUCAAAGUUAAAGAUAUGUUCCUCUCUCUCCAAAAGCUGUUGUAGGAGAAGGAGAGAUGAGAUAUGCAUCACUCUUCCUUCACUUCAUCCCUUCUUUUCCACUACCCUCAUAAUUAUUUGCUUCUCUCUCUCUCUCUCAUAUUUUGCGACCAUCUCCAAAUAUAUCUUCUUGUUCUAGAGUUUAAUUUAUCUUCAAGCUUUGCUUGGUAGCUAGAGGCUAGCCAUGGAUUCUGGUAAUAGUGGAAGUAUGUCUUCAAGUGGUGAAGAUCAAGACCAUGAAACCUCACGACCCGAAUCCCUCCCGGGUUACUUGAAUUCUCCAACCCAAUUCGGUUCUUCCGACCCAAUAUUACACCCUUCUCUCCUUUCUCAUUACCAAAACCACAACCACCAACCCACCACUACCGCUACACUUUUUGAUCAUCAUAAUUACAAUUAUGAUCACCACAAUCUCCACACAACAUUGUCUCAUCAAAUACCCCAAUCCAACACUUCAAACCCCAAUUUCAUGCCCGACCCAAGAUCCACCCGACCCAACUCCACCAACCCAAUUCCCAACCCACCACCCUCAUCCCACCACCAAGGACCUAGCCGAGCUUCAUCCUCAUCAGCGGCAGCGCAGACCCGAAACUCCAAGAAGAGGACCAGAGCAUCUAGAAGAGCACCAACCACUGUGCUGACCACCGACACAUCCAACUUCCGAGCAAUGGUGCAGGAGUUCACUGGCAUCCCAGCUCCCCCAUUUGCAGCCUCCUCCUCCUCAUCCUCGUCGUUUUCGCGACGGUUCGAUAUGUUUGGCUCUGGAAUGAGAUCUGCUCAUCAUUUGGACACGUUGGGGCCUCUCUACCCUCUGCGUCCCUCAGCUCAAAAGGUCCAGCAACCAACCCCAUUUCUCUCUUCUAAUAAUUCUCCUUCUAAUUCUGCAUUGUUGAUGAUGAGCAAUAGCGGCGGUUUGGUGGAUGCCACUAAUAUUGCUACCACUAGUAACAAUAGCAACAACAAUUUCAACCCAACAACUUACCAAUUGCUAAACCAAGGCCUCUUCCCCAGCAUGCAAAACCCAAUUCUCACAUUUCAACAUGAGCAGCAGCCACAUCCUUUCCACUCUUCUUCAAUGAAUUUGGCCAGCUUUGGGGCAAGGCCUGCUCGGGGAGUGAUUGGUAAUUUAGCCAUGCAUUCAUCUCUUGAGGACCCAUUGGGGGGCAUGAGCCAUGGAUCAUACACAAGCCAGCUUGGUGGUGGUGUUGGGGGAUCAUCACUGGACAGCAGCCACGUGGCAGCUUCAGGUGGGCACAAUGGCUGGAGGGAUCAUGGAGUUGGAUCAAACGAUGGGAGAUUGUCAGCAGCACUGGAUCAGCAUUUGAGGCCUAAUUUGGACAAGUGCUUGGAGAUGAACAAUGUUAAUUCUAAUACCAGAGGUGAAGGUACAGUUGAGUCUUGGAUUUGUCCUAAUUCUGAGUAGAUUAUAUAAUUAAUGGAGGAGGUGGACAGAGGCCAUGGUGGUGGUGGUGAUAAUGGAGAAGCUAUACAUAGCUGUAGCUGCUUCUGUUCUUUUUAUUUCUCACCACUCAAUCAUUUUGCAGUAUGAAUAUAAUUAAAUUUUUGGGUUAACCAAUGAAAUUAUGAAAAUAAUGAUAGAUUUGUAGAUAGGUAGCUAGCUAGGUAUAUACAUAGCAUAUAUCUUCUUAAAUUAUUAUUUAUAGCUCGAAUUUGUAGAGUAUUUAUUUUCUUUUA